AGGAGCGGAACUCUGCCCUAGUGACCAUACGGGACGACCAUGGCGGCCAUGACGGCCUAGUCCAUCGCCCCAUACGGGACGCGGGUGGAGAGGGGGAGUGUGGAAGGUCAACGGCAGGAUACCAGCAUGGUACACGCUCUAAGCCUGAGGCUACCUCGACACCAAGCGAGAUCGCGAGAGAGGAGAAGAGAGAGAAUGAAAGAUUGUUGCACACAUCCACAGCCAGGCCGAUAUGGGUAGCAGGUCGUGGCGGGGCGAUUGUACCAGGUACAGCUCAACGUGAGAUGUACAGAUGUACGCCUGUCAUUCUCAUUGUUGGAGUGAGGCCCGCCAGCCAGCUUGACCAACCAACCAACCAGUCAAUCAUCGAGCUGAGAGAAGGCAUCUGGGGCAGAACAACAGCUCCUCGGAGACCAGCAGCAGGUACACCGGACGCGUGCAUUGACUUUGGCGAGAAGACCAAUCACCCGCUGCUGUCUCCACGAGCGCUGCCUCAGAGUCCUAGCUUGUACCAGUCUAAAGGAGUUGCAAGGCAGGCGGAAGAUCGACCUGUUGAUGCCAGCCCGCGGGCACGUAGAUCAUUUUCGAAUUCUAGAAAGUUCGUGGUGCUCCCAGAGGCUCAACGAUGUCGACACGGAUUAAGAACAGGGAAAUCAUGUAGUCAAGGUGGAGAUGCAAUGCUGCCUAUGCCGAAAUGUGGCCGCUUGCUCAAGUGUGGUGUUUCGAGUUUCUUUGCCUUUACAUCUGUGCAUCACGGGGAAGACCGAUCGUUCCAGCUAAGUAGUACCCAGGGGAUUCUGCAGUCGUCAUAGUACGCUAUAUUCCACCGACGACGCCCAACGGCCAAGUCGGUGAAGGAGUUGGAUCGCCAGCCCAGAGAUGAGAGGGCAGGCGUGGCAGGGUG